UGUCAGACAGACAGAGGGACAGUAGCCGUGCCGGGAUCAUGAUGUCUCCGGUGGUCUUCAUCGCUCUGCGGAGCUGCCGGGUCAGCGAGGAGAACAGGAUCCGGUAAUCUUGACGCCCCGCUCCAUCCCAGCCCACACCCACGCAAAGAACAUCUGGGUUUUGUGCUCACAAAUGCUGAUGCUGAUCUGAUUCACGGGGCAUGAGAGCGCACGGUUCCGCGAUGCUUCUGUGUCACCUGCGCGUCUGAUGAGUCCGCCCGCAUCAUCCGCAGCAUGUCCUCACGGAAGAUCUCCUCCGAAUCCUUCAGUUCCAUGGGCUCGGACUACCUGGAGAGCCCCGGCGAGGACGGAGAGUGCCCGUUCUCACGCGUCUUCUGGAACGGCCGGAGUCCCGUGGAGACGCUCUCCUGUCCGUUCGAGGAAGUGGCCGUCAGCAGACGGGUCGCCCGGCGCAAACGCGUUAAUCUGGACUCGCUCGGGGAGAGUUUGAGACGGCUCACCUCACCCACGGCACAGACGAUUCAUUUGGCCCUGCAGAGAACGGUGGAUUUUUACAGACAGAGAGAAAUCAGUGGACAAGAGUCUGUAAGAAGCAUGUCAGAAGAGCAGAAGUGUUUGUUUGAUAACUUGCGCUGUGACAGCAAGACCGACAUCUCAGGGAUAUUGAAAUACACAGCAACUAUUUUAGGUGUGGACUUCGCCUCUGUACGGGGCCGAUUUGGCGAGGAAUUCUUCGGUUUGUGUCUAGAGGAGAAUGAGAGGGUUCUGCGAGCUCUCGGUGGGAACCUACAGGAUUUCUUCAACGGUUUCGACGCUCUUCUAGAACACAUUAGAACGUCCUGCGGUCGGCGAGCUACGUCCGAUGCCCCCUCUUUCCUAUGCAAAGAUGCUCCUCAGGAGAACGAAGAUUUGAAUGGAGAGAGAGACGGAAGAUGGUCUCUUCUCCUCCAUUGUUUCAACCCCGACCCCACUGUGGGCGUGGCAAUGCUGGGGCUGAUUCGAGCCGCCGCUCGACGAAUCUACCAAUUGGAUGUUUCGGUGGAGGAAGCUCCUCCCACUUGGCUGCACACACCCAAUGAGGAUGGAGAGAUCUCAGCGGACUCCUCCCCCUCUUCAUCCCCAUCUCCGCCCUCUUCGUCCUCUCCCUCCUGUUUGUCCUUCCUCAUCAGAGAGAUUCGGACUCAACCUACAUCUUCGUCAUCUUCAUCCUUAUCCUGGCACCCCACCACCGCAUCUCGGCAGCUUUCGCGCUCGCCGCUGGACCUACGGAUCAGCUUGAGCACGUUUUGCCGAGCCUUCCCCUUCCAUCUGGUCCUGGGACCCAACAUGGAGGUUCUGCAGGUCGGAGAGGGGCUCCGUAAACAGGCCAAGAGCGACACGUACCGAUCGCUCACCUUCAGCAACAGUUUUGAGUUGGUGUCUCCCAGAAUACCGUGCACGUUCCAGAACAUUCUACUGCGGCUGUCCACACCAUUCACCAUUCGAACACGACCAGAUGGAUCAGCACUCGACAGCAAGGAGAAGGUGAUGGAACUCAAAGGUCAGAUGCUUCACUUACCUGAAUCCAACUCCAUCAUGUUCCUGGGCUCUCCGCGUGUUGAUAGGCUGGAGGAGCUCAUGGGGCGGGGUUUACAUUUGUCGGACAUCCCCAUGCAUGAUGCGACGCGUGAUGUCAUCCUGGUUGGGGAACAGGCGAAAGCCCAGGACGGACUGAAGAAACGCAUGGAUAAAAUCAAAGCCACUCUGGAGAAGACCCAUCAAGCUUUAGAGGAGGAGAAACGGAGAACCGUGGAUCUUCUAUAUUCCAUAUUCCCCGGCGACGUGGCUCAGAGACUGUGGCAGGGACUUCCUGUUCAAGCCAAGAAGUUUGAUGAUGUCACUAUGCUGUUCUCCGAUAUCGUGGGGUUCACGGCGGUUUGCGCGCAGUGUACGCCAAUGCAGGUCAUCAGCAUGCUGAACGAACUCUACACACGCUUCGACUACCAGUGCGGAAUACUGGACGUCUAUAAGAUUGAAACUAUAGGUGAUGCGUACUGUGUGGCGGGAGGUCUCCACAGGAAGAUUGACAGCCACGCUAAGCCAAUCGCGCUCAUGGCUCUGAAGAUGAUGGAGCUGUCAGAGGAAGUGUUGACACCCGAUGAGAAGCCAAUCAAGUUGCGGAUUGGAAUCCACUCGGGUUCGGUGCUGGCUGGUGUCGUCGGUGUGAUGAUGCCACGCUACUGUUUGUUUGGUAAUAACGUCACGUUGGCCAGCAAGUUUGAAUCGGGCAGUCACCCGCGCUGCAUCAACGUCAGCCCAACCACAUACCAACUCUUGCGUGACGAUCGCUCGUUCUCCUUCAUCCCUCGCUCCAGGCAGGACCUUCCCGACAACUUCCCCAAAGGGAUCCCGGGAAUCUGCUAUUUCCUGGAGGCGGGCAAAUCCCAGAGCCACGCCUCCCUCACCAGCACUCGCUCGGUCCCCGUCCGCAAAGUGUCCUAUAACAUUGGUACCAUGUUUCUACGGGAGACUAGCCUCUGAGAUGGCCCCGUCCAUUCGCUAUGACAUCACGUAGACUAGUGUUGCCUAUGGCAACUGGAUGCCCCGCCUCUCGAACCAGAGCUUCGGCCCCAGAGGUGAUGAACGGACACGGAGGGUUAGAGGACGGCCCUGGCCCCACCCAUUGACGGAGCCAUUGUUAAUCGUGUUCUAAAAAGACAAUAAAAACAAAUAUAUAUUUAAAAUAAAGCCUUCUGCUCAAUGACAUUGCUAACAAUGACAAACAUGCAAACACAACAUAUAAUAGUACUCUAGUGUUCACAUACCAUACAGUACAAAUACUAUGGAAAAAAUGAUGUAAACACACACAUUGCUUGCAGCAUUACAGUUUAUAGAAUUCACAUGCAUAACUUGGUGCCUUUACUCUCCAAAUAUGUUACAUUACACUUAAACUCAUUAUUUCCACUACUUACACAAUUUUACAUCCUUUAUUUGUCUUUAUGCGUGUGUCCAACCAUUAACCAUGCUUGGACACCCUGUGUACGUGCGAAUGUGUGUUUCCAAUUAACCAUUGAUAUUUGUGUGUCCUUCUACCAUUAAGCGCUGUUAGACUGUGUACAAUAUAUGGGUGUGUGUGUGUGUGUUGUCCCCCACUUUGUGUUUAAAGGAAUAGUGCACCCAAAAUGUACAAUCCUGUCAUAAUUUGCAAUAUGCAAGAAUUGAAAUUAAUAUCGAUGUCUUUUCAAUAUAAAAAUAAACAGCAGUUGACAAACACUCACUUUAAAGCUUAAAAAGGACCCAAAUGUAUCUUUAAAGUAUUCCGUGGGACAUAUUCCAAGUCUUCUGAAGGCAUAUGACGUUUAUGGUGAGAAAGAACCUGAAAUGUCAUUUUUUUGGUGAAUAUAUUGACAUCUGGUGCUUGUUCCUAAGCUGUAUGAGAGAAACUCAUUCACAGGGGCUCUGUUUUUGGUGAAAACUCAUGUUGUUUAGUGCUAAAAGCAAAGCAAGUCAACGUGUGCCACUGUGGACAGGUCAAAAAGUCAUACAGGUUUUGGUGCGAAACAACCCAAAAUGUCCGUUGCUAAUUCUGAGCACUUUGAAAGAAGCUUGUUCUCAGUGGCUCGCAUGUUGAGGCUAUAAAUUGCGUAGUUUAGCGUUAAAAAUAAUGCAAGUUAUCAAGUGAAAAUGUGUGCCACUCUGAACACUUAAGAAAGUCACACAGGUUUUGAGAAACAACCAAAAAUGUCAUUAAAUUGACUAUAAAAAUCCUGACCUCUGUUGCACAUUUAUAAGCGCUUUGAGAGAAUCCCGUUCACCAUUGCUCGCAUGUUGAUGCAAGAACUUGUUAAGUUUAGUGCUAAAAAAACACAAGGGCUGUGUAGGACAUGUCCUUUGAAGGCUGCAGUAUACUGAGUGUCCUCCUUUAAACAAGCCUUGUUUAAAUGACACCGCCUUCGUAGGACAAUUGGAAACGGAAUGUAUCAUGGUUGCUAUGACAACACGCCGCUCUUUAACAAGCGCGAGCGCUUUGAGUGACAACGGAACAAAGUCCCUUUGGAAGGGAAUGUAUGAGGUACAUUUUAGGAGCGUUAUAAUGACGUAAAGAGCAAAUUGAUUUUACAGGUGUACUUUAAGUCUAAUACGUUAUUAUAAUUAUACAUAUUAUAUACUCUGCACUCAUCUACUGAGGUACUUCAACUUUGGAAUUAACAUUAUUAUUAUUAUUAUUAUUAUUAUUAUUAUUAUUAUUAUUAUUAUCAUAUUUACGGUCAAAUUGGCGUAGAUUUUUUUUUUAGACGUUUCCGUUGAAGCAAAGAAUUAUGGGUUGUGGGUGCCCACGAAGGAUACACCUCAUGCAUCCUCCGAAUUCCCAUGAAAAAAGGUCACGUUUGAAGUGUCGACCUCCGGAGGAUGCAUCAUUCCAAACGAGACACGGCCAAGUUCUCGCGUGAACGCACACCAAUGUGAACGCAUAAGAAAGAAAGUCCUAAAGGUUUUGGUCAUAACCUAAAAUUGAAGUAAAUUUACUUUGAAUAUCCAUUUAUGAGUGCUACGAGACUAGCUCAUUUACAUUGGCUUGCUUUUUAGCGCGAGAAAUUGCAUAGUUUAGCGAUAUAAACAAAGUUGUUGUGUAAACACAUACCACUGUGAAAGUCAUACAGGUUUCGAGAAACAACCGAAAAUGGAAAAUCCUAAAGUCUGUUGCACAUUUAUAAGCACUAUGAGAGAAGCUCGUUCACUGUGACUCUUGUGUUGAGGCAAGUAUUUGCGCAGUUUAGCGCUAAAAAUAACGUUCCACUGUGAACGCAUAAGAAAGUCAUACAGGUAAUUUUACUGGGAAAAUCCUGACGUCCAUUACACCUUUAUGAGCUCUAUGAUAGAAGCUCGUUCACAGUGGCUCGUUUGUUAACGCGAGAAAUUGCGUAGUUUAUCACAAAAAACAACGCAAGUUCUUGCGUGAACGCGUGCCACUGUGAACGCAUAAAGUAAGUCAUGAAACAACCCAAUAGUAGUUUUACAAUAAACACCCUGACGCUGAAACUGAUUCACAGUGGUUUGCAUUUUCACGCGAGAACUUUUGUAGUUUAGCGCUAAAAUGAUCGCAAGUUCUCGCGUGAACAUACUUGACUUGCAUAUACGCGGAUUUGGUGAGAAACAACCUGAAAUUUAAGUCCUUUUCCUUAAAAAUCCUGAAGUCCGUUGCACGUUCGUGAGCUCUGUGAGAGAAAUGAAUUCACAAUGGCUCGUUUUCACGCAAAAAAUUAAAAAAGGGUUCUCUCGUAAACACGCGUGCCACUGUGAAAGCAUAAGAAAUAAUGCCAUAUGGGUUUGUAAUGACAUGAGGAUGAGUAAAUAAUGACAAAGUUUGUCUUCUGCAUGUUUAUACACUUUUUUGCAUUAUUUGGUGUGGAUGUGCUCAUUUGGACGUCGGGGUGUGCCUACGUGUGUAAAGCCUAAAGGCAAAAGUGUACUUCGGUUUUUCGCGUGCCGCUAUAGUGCAUGUCACACAACUUUCGUCAUCAGCACAGUACAUGUAUACUGUCUGCGUGCAGCCUAGUUUUUCUAAAACUAAAAAUAUCACAAAGCAGUCAUAGUGUACGUGUGUUGAACGUGUCCGUACGGCGUCACGGUCUAAAGAGUAUAGCUUGAAAGGAUGAGUGCUCGACCUUGCACAAGAUCGAACAGCACGUGGAAAAACGAAGUAUACCCUAGCCUUACCCUAGACUGUGUGUGUGUGUGUGUGUGUGUGUGUGUGUGUGUGUGUGGGAAUCAGUGGAAGGUAUGCCAUAAUGUCAUCGUUCUUUCAGUCACGUCUGAUUAAACCAAGAUCACAUUAAGUGCGGACGUGUCAGCCAUUUUUAUCAGAAUGCCAAUAAAAUAGAUUCAU